AUGAAUGAGGAUUCUGAUAGUCUUCGAGAAAGGGUUCUCAAUCUGUUCAAAUUAUCACGGGGAGCUCUUACACAAAAGCAUUUUGAAAAGGAAUUUUCUGACGUAUCACUCACUACCAUCCUACCCAUCUUAAAUGCAUUACAAAAGGAGGGGAUGUUGGAUGUUUUGGUUAAUGCAGAUAGGACUUUAUCAUGGCAACUUAGAGAUCAAAAUUCGAAUGAGAAGUUGAAAAGCCUAUCGGAUCUGGAAGAACGUUUGGUUUACAAUGCUAUACGUAACGCCGGUGAAGACGCUGCAUCACUGAAGCUAAUUAGUUCAGAAACUAAACUGCCUCAAAAUCGCAUACCUAGGAUACUAAAAUCACUAAUUUCUAAGAAGAUGAUCAAAGAAGUGCCGAUGGCUGUCGGUCACAAGCAGAAAGUUUACUUGCUAAUAGAAUUAGAACCCAGUGAAAAGUUGGCUGCAAAUACAUUAUUCGCUGGGGAAUCUGGUGUGGAUGCAGAGUUCAUUUCUAUUUUAAGAACAGCCUGCUUAAAGUAUCUUCAGGAUAAGGCAAAUUCAGCCUCUCAUAUCGCUGAUCCAUUAGAACGUUGGCAAGCUUCAUAUGUUUCUUGUGAAGAAAUCCAUCGGUUUAUUACCAACACAAAAAUUUGCACGGUAUCUAUGACUGUUCAGGAUGUCCAGUGUGUCCUUGAAGUUUUAAAGUUUGGGGGUGAGCUAGAAACACGUAUUACUUCUGAAACAUCUGAUCAAAGUACUAGUUUUGGAAUACUUUAUCGGCUAGCUACACAAACACCAUCUGUUGCAAAUUUAGCUAAUAUCCCUUGUACAAUAUGCUUGUGCCGAAAGGACUGUCGUCCAGAUGGACCAAUCAAUCCUCAAUCAUGUAAACUUUUUCAAGAAUUUCUGGAGUUCUAA